GAUUGCUCCCAAUUAAAUUAUCAAUAAUGUGAAAUGACAAUGUUUGAUAUUUGACGAUUUCGCUCCUUGAAGUCUACAACGCUCCAAUUGAAACGACAUCCCUAAUUUUACCGAUAAGAGGAUUCCUCGGUCGAACGACAGAGGUACCCAGAAAAAUGCAGUGCACGAACACAUUCUGUUCCUCUCCAAAUCACCAUCUUCCCCAGCAAAAGCUGUCGAUUUUGCGGGCGAACCAGUCGCUUGCCGAAGAGCAGAACCGAACCCAGAAACGCGGCAGGGCUUCUGUCGGAAGUAGUCCGAAGCUGAUCACCAGCACUUCGAACCCAUUUGUGAAGCACUGCGUGAAGCUCCGCCAGAGCCCCUCUUACCGCCACUCCCAUGGCUCCGUUCUCGUUGUCGGCACCACCCCGAUAAGGGAACUAAACAGUUUUCAACAGUCAUUACAGGAGAGAACUUCAACAAUGGACUGCUUGCUUCUUCUCAACGGAGCUGUAGUCCCCGAGGGGCUUGAUGAUCACACCCUUCCUAUCGUGCGUGUGACCCCUCUCGUGAUGAAUAAACUUUCAGGUGUAGAGUCCAGUGAAUCUACUGAAGCAGCUGCUGUUAUGAGAAUCCCGAGGACAUUUCACAGUAUAGUUGAUGAGCAAAAAGAUUAUGAAUUCCGGAGAUGGUUCCCUUCUUUGCAUCGGAUUCUAGUACUAGAUGGAAUACAGGAUCCCGGUAACCUGGGCACACUACUGAGGUCUGCAGUAGCAUUUAAUUGGAGUGUGUUGGUCCCACAUUCAUCUCGGGCUAAACUUGAAGAGACACUGCACUAUUUGCCAGAUCUCAUAAAACUAAGGGUGGUGUGUUUCUGCUCCCCGGCUGCUGCGAUCCAUUCAAUGACAAGGCGCUACGAGCUAGCAGGGGAGCCUCUUUUCAGCUGCCAAUCGUCUCAGGGUACUGGACCCACCUCGUGUCCCUCAAGAUCGAGUUUGGGAUGAGGGUACUAGCGGGCCGACCUGAGGGCGAUCAUGAUGUCCGGAAGCCUGUUUCCGGACUCUCUCAGCAGUUCGCAGACUCUUUACUCGAUGAGCCAUUAUGCUUGGUCUUGGGCAGUGAAGGAAGAGGACUAUCAGAGAAAUCAGAGUCGGAGUGCGAACUAGUCAGCAUUCCCAUGACUGGGAAGUUCGAGUCCCUCAAUGUUUCCGUUGCUGGUGGGAUUUUUAUGUUUGUGUUACAGCCAAGGAGUUGUAGAAAUAACCUGAAAUGAUACUGCUAAUUUGUUUUAGUUCGCCCAAUUGAUCUGAUUGUUUUACCUUCAUAGCUCGAUCGUGUUCUUGGUGAGUGUAACAAAACCUACUUAUAAAUAUUGAUAAUUAUGUAUUUGUAAUAUGAAUAUAACUUAUGUUCCAAACUUGGAUCAA